AUGUCCAACAGAAGCUCCGUCAAUGAGUUCGUCCUCCUGGCGUUCUCAGAAACGCGGGAGCUGCAGCUCUUGCACUUCUCACUGUUCCUAAGCAUCUACGUUCCUGCCCUCCUAGGGAAUGGCUUUAUCAUCACAACAGUAGUCUGUGACCACCACCUUCACACCCCCAUGUACUUCUUCCUUCUCAACCUCUCCCUCCUCGAUCUUGGCACUAUCUCCACCUCUGUCCCCAAAACCAUGUCGAAUUCCCUGUGGGACAGCAGGGCCAUUUCCUACUCAGGAUGUGCUACCCAAGUCUUUCUGCUUGUCUUUUUCAUUUUGUCUGAGUACUUUCUUCUCACUGUCAUGGCCUACGACCGCUUUGUUGCCAUCUGCAGACCUCUGCACUAUGGGACCCUCCUGGGCAGCAGAGCUUGUGUCAAAAUGGCAGCAGCUGCCUGGGGCAGUGGGUUUCUCUGUGCUGUCCUGCACACUGCUAAUACAUUUUCUCUACCACUCUGUCAAAGCAAUGUCCUGGGGCAGUUCUUCUGUGAAAUUGCACAGAUCCUCAAGCUCUCCUGUGCAGGAUCCUACCUCAGGAAAUCAGGAGCUAUAGUGGUUAGUGCCUGGUUAGUCUUUGGGUGCUUCAUUUUCAUUGUGGUGUCUUAUGUCCAGAUCUUCAGAGCUGUGCUGAGGAUCCCCUCUGAGCAGGGACGGCACAAAGCCUUUUCCACGUGCCUCCCUCACCUGGCUGUGGUCUCUUUGUUUGUGAGUACUAUCACGUUUGCACAGCUGAAGCCCCUCUCCAUUUCUCAGCCAAAUCUGGAUCUGGUGCUGGCUGUUUUUUACUCAGUGGUGCCUCCAGCAGUGAACCCCCUCAUUUACAGCUUGAGGAACAAGGAGCUCAAAGAUGCCGGAAGGAGACUGACCCAAUGGGUAUACUGUCAGCACAAGUAA